CUGCGGGGUAGGAACUGGCAAUGGCAGAGGCAGAAGGCGCAAAGAGUCUGACAGGGCUGCUCAAUGGCAUCGCUCAGAGUAGUUACUAUGGUAACACAGAGAUCACGGAGGAGUUGUUGAAGAGUGAGUUGUACCCGGACUUACCGGCAGAUCAGUUCAGGGCCUUGCUGGAGAAAAUGAGAGGUCUUGUUAAGUCAAUCGUCUCUGCAGAUAUGGAUAUAAACCAGAUUGAUGCUUUUCUGACUGCCCAGACUAAAAAGCAAGGAGGCAUCACUACAGAACAGGCAGUGGUUCUAGCAAAAUUCUGGAAAAACCACAAGAGGAAAAUACGAGAGAGCGUGGUCAGUCAGAGCAGAUGGGAGAACAAUCUAAAGAGCAUGAAUUGGAGAAUCGACCUCAAGUCACAGUCCAGGCACAGGGAUCAGGAAAACAGCCCCGUUGCCAUAGUGGAAAUGGAGAUUGGAAACAAUGACAAGGAAAGUGAAUUUCUGUAUUUGGAAUUCAACGAAGCAAAGAUAAACGGGAUGCUGAAGCAACUCGCCGAGGUGGAGGACUGCAUACGGGCAUUGACUCAGACCAGCUGAUCCAUAUUCGCCGCCAUAGAAUAUUCCAUGGCUGAAUUUCUUUUCAUCAGACACAUUUCUGUAUUAAUGUCCAUCAUCCCAUCCAAGUGCCUGGUUUUUACACAUUUCCAUGAAUAUUUGCAUAUAUUAAGAUCAAUGUCUACCAUUUUUUUAAUUAAAAAAAUUCUCAUGUA